GGCGAGGCGGCGGCCCCUUUGCGUCGCGCAGGGUCGGGGACUGCGCGGCGGUGCCAGGCCGGGCGUGGGCGAGAGCGCGAGCGGGCUGCCCGCGGGCUGAGUGCGUCGAGCUGUCACCAUGGGUGAUCACGCUUGGAGCUUCCUAAAGGACUUCCUGGCUGGUGGUGUCGCCGCUGCAGUCUCCAAGACCGCGGUCGCCCCCAUCGAGAGGGUCAAACUGCUGCUGCAGGUCCAGCAUGCCAGCAAACAGAUCAGUGCUGAGAAGCAGUACAAAGGGAUCAUUGAUUGUGUGGUGAGAAUCCCCAAGGAGCAGGGCUUUCUCUCCUUCUGGAGGGGUAACCUGGCCAACGUGAUCCGUUACUUCCCCACCCAAGCUCUCAACUUCGCCUUCAAGGACAAGUACAAGCAGCUCUUCUUAGGGGGUGUGGAUCGGCAUAAGCAGUUCUGGCGCUACUUUGCUGGUAACCUGGCAUCUGGUGGGGCCGCUGGGGCCACCUCCCUUUGCUUUGUCUACCCGCUGGACUUUGCUAGGACCAGGUUGGCUGCCGACGUGGGCAAGGGUGCCGCCCAGCGUGAGUUCCAUGGUCUGGGCGACUGUAUCAUCAAGAUCUUCAAGUCUGAUGGCCUGAGGGGUCUCUACCAAGGUUUCAACGUCUCUGUCCAAGGCAUCAUUAUCUACAGAGCUGCCUACUUCGGAGUCUAUGAUACUGCCAAGGGGAUGCUGCCUGACCCCAAGAACGUGCACAUUUUUGUGAGCUGGAUGAUUGCCCAGAGUGUGACGGCAGUCGCAGGGCUGGUGUCCUACCCCUUCGACACUGUUCGUCGUAGGAUGAUGAUGCAGUCCGGCCGGAAAGGGGCUGAUAUUAUGUACACGGGGACAGUUGACUGCUGGAGGAAGAUUGCAAAAGAUGAAGGAGCCAAGGCCUUCUUCAAAGGUGCCUGGUCCAAUGUGUUGAGAGGCAUGGGUGGUGCUUUUGUAUUGGUGUUGUAUGAUGAGAUCAAAAAGUAUGUCUAAUGUAAUUAAAACACAAGUUCACUGAUUUACAGUGACCUUGAUCCACAAGUUCACAGAUCCAUUGUGUGGUUUAAUAGACUAUUCCUAGGGGAAGUAAAAAGAUCUGGGAUAAAACCAGACUGAAAGGAAUGCCUCAGAAAAGAUGCUUCAUUGAGUGUUCAUUAAACCACAGAUGUAUUUUGUAUUUAUUUUACAUUUAAAUUUCCACAGCAAAUAGAAAAUAAUUUAUCAUACUUGUACAAUUAACUGAAGAAGUGAUAAGAAAUAACUGAAUGUGAAACAUCAAUAAAGACCACUUAAUGCACGUUUUCUAUUUUAUUGAACUCUUAUUAACUGUAAAAUGCGUUUUUAAAAGAUCAAAAAUGUAUAUUUUCUAGCAUGAUUCAUUUAUCAGUCAGUGGCCAAGCUUCUAAAUGCCAGAUAUUAUAUUGAGUAUGUAUUAUAUGAGAACAUACAAUGCUUAAAGUUCCAUUUUUCAAACUCAGGCAGGUCAUAUUCUAUCUUACCCAGUGUUGCUGUAGGCUAGAAAGUGACAAUGGCUUUUGUAAUCCUGCCUUGUUUUAGGCACUUUCCUGCAGUCUUUAGAAAUUCUGAGAUUCUGCUAAAAGCUUUAAGUCACAGUCUGGAGAAUUUUCUAUGAUUAGGAAAUGCUCUGUUUUCAUCCCUUUAGAUAACUGUGACACCUAGAAUUUUAUGAUAAGUGGAGAGUGUUCAUUGAAAGUCAAGGCCAGGUGCGGUGGCUCACACCUGUCAUCCCAGC